GACGGUUCCACCUUAGCUGCAAGUCAGCGAGCUUAUCAUCCGGACGAGUUCUGCAAAUCUGAAACACUCAAGAUCGGUAUCCUUUAAAUAUAUUACCGUUAUUAAGAACAAAACCAAAAAAAGACACUUUUCGCGACGACACCACUGUUUUUCGCGCGAAAUGACGUCAGAAGAAACGCGAGCAGAAAUUCCAUACUGAUGACGUGUCACUACCCAGAUCUAGCUUCUGAUUGGAUGAAUUGGAUGAAGUAAAUUUCCAACCAAUCAGAAGCAGUACCCAGAUCUGGUUAGCGACGCGUCCUUAGCAUGACUGCAAUCUCUGCGCUCGUCCCUCAGACGUCAUUGGUGGCGUCACGAAAUGUCUGCUGUUUUCUCAGGCUACGAUGGGUGCUUAAAGACGAAGGUCGGUUCUACUCUGGAUAUUCUAUUGUUAUUUAUGACAUGAUUAUAAACUGUGGGAAUAAACCUAAAACUGGGCGAAAGCAACUCGGGCAGGAUCAACUCCGCCCUAUUAUUUGGGUGGGAGGGUGGACAGAGGGUCUCUUGACUUCCGCGGCCUCGCAAAAAGUGUUGGAUUGAAACACUGGUAGCUUCUUUAUGCAUUAUUCCCAGGGUAUCAAUUACCAAUGCAAGUCGGUUGUUUUACACUCCUUGACGCAUUUAAAUCCUAGAUGUGAAAUACUAUCUCGCUAAUCAGGUCCACCCAGUUGUAGCUCGUUUGUGCGAUCCCAUCGACGGCACCGAUGCAGCUCAUAUUGCCCAGUGUUUAGGUAAGUAAAUUACCGAUUUAACUCCGCGGCUAGAAAACUGCUUGCAAUGCAUCUAAACAAAAUGUGUCUACUGAUUAAGUCUGUUUAAAGUAUUUUAACUCCUUUAGUGUUUUCUUGUAUAUUGCAACAACGAAAUGACCUAAUAUCACAGUUUUAUUCUCCCUAGAAGCCUCGGCUAGCUCUUUCUUUAGGGUAAAAACUCAAAGGCGGUCUAUCCGUAUUUGUGGCUUCUGGCAAGGAUAAUCGGCCUCUACUCCUACACCGGAAGCAGUCUUUCUGAAGUUCUCUACUUGCUAUCUAUCGUCUCAUUGGUUCAGAGCAUACGGUUAAUUUUGGAAGUCAGCGCAACCUUCAAAUCUGUUGGUUGAGCGCACAAUGCGUGAUUUCCAAGAGCAAUGUCAAUUUGUGUUCCGCGCGACGGUUCGUUUGUCGUUAUUUUCUUUAUUUUUUAACAUUCAAACGGCUGCACUAAAUUUUGUUGUUGUUGUUGGUUUUUCUUUUCAACGAUCAGCAUCGUUCUACGACAACCCUGUAAAGACGACGAGAUUUCCGUGACCGUAGUCGAAUUAACGGGUUUUUACUGUUCAUUGAGAUUCCCGUGAAACUGAAUUUUUAAAAAGUUUAGCAUCAUUUUUUUAUUCGCUGCGCAGGCCUGGAUCCUUCUGGUUAUCGCGGCAGCUCUGCCCUUCAUGAUGAUGAAAAUGACGCGUUGCUUGGUGGCCAGGCUCAGAUGACAGACGAGGAAAGGUUUAAGGUCGGUUUAACUGUGAACACUUCCCCAGACUCAAAAGUUGUAACCGCCUCCGUCUCGAUCACUCAAUCUAGGAAUUAAGGCGAAAGAAAUGUUCUGGAAAUGGAGGUUAAAUAACACACUGAGACGUUUCGUUUUAACGUAAAGUGGAUUGUGUCUACGACAAUCGGCAUGUUCUAAAAUCCACAAGACCCGAACACAAAAUUUGAGGGCGGGGGUAAUUAAGGUGCAUCAUGGUCUUUGUGAAAAUGGUGAAUAGGUAAAAACACAAAUAGAAACCCCAACCCUAAUCUGUACCUUACUUGUUUCUCAAGGAUUGUGAGCGAUUUAUAGUCAAGUGUAAACGCUCCAGCUGUGGUCAAGAAAUGACCCUCGAACUCCUCUUUAAAGGCGCCGUAAGUACACUUUUAACAGUUAAUGUUCAUUUAUAGUUUAACAUCAAAUGAUAUUAUUUCCCUCAGUCAUAGAGCUUAUAAUUUAUACUAUUCAGGGGUAUAAAGUUAAGCACAUUCAAUGCAUGAGUCAUAGCUGAACAGGGAUCUGUAGAUUAAAGUCAAAUCCGCAAUUUUCCAUUUUCGAAAACCAGCAUUGUCGAUCCCAAGCCUUUAGCAGAGGUAGAUGUAGUUUAUGCUUUGGUAAGGAUUACCAAUAUGGAAAAAGUACAUAACAAUUCAAAAACAGAUUUAGCAAGCUUUUAAAACUUGUUUUUAUUGUUGUUUUAAUUGAAGCAACCAAACGAAGCACAUUACAAGGUUGCUAUAGUUGAAAAACCACAAGUGCACAACAUUUGUGGAGAUACACUCGUAGUUACAGAAGUUAUGGAAACUUAAAGCUGUUUAAAGUUUAAACUUUUUAAAAUUCUUUUAGUAAGAUAAGGACCGAAAAUUAAACGUAUAAAGUUUUAGGUCUAAAAUAAAUACUUCGCACCAUUUUUUUUUUUUGUAGGCAGUCAACGAUACAUGUCCCGGAUGUAACAAUCAGUACAGCGCGGGCGCAGUUUCCAACCAGUUGAACGUUGCCAUGCGCAGACACAUCAAGGAAUACUACAUGGUAACUGAAGCAAUUUUGUGA